AUGAGGAUUUUAGUGAACAUUGUCACCACCUUUCUCCUCCUCCUCCUCUUCCUUUUCGCUUCUCCGUCCACUGCGGAUAUCAAAUCAAUCAAAAUCCAAUCCGAUAACCGGCCUAUGAUCCUCUUCCAGAAAUUUGGAUUCACUGAAACCGGUAACAUCACCGUCACUGUCUCCUCCGUGUCCAUCAUCAACUCCAUAGUAUGGCCAACUGAUCCCACAAUGCUAGGUUUCUUCCUUACCUCGGAUCAAACUCUGAUCCAACUCCUGCUUGAAGCUCAACAAAACCCUGGUAUGUGCAUUGUGGAUUCCAACUACAUUACACUUCUUUUUACUUUCCAACAUCUCUCUCCCCCACCUCAGUCAUCGUUCAACAAAUCGUACCCUCUGAUGUUCCCCGGUGAAUAUUCGCUCUUCUUCGCAAACUGCAACCCCGAAUCACCUGUCACUAUGGACGUCCGCAUAGAGAUGUUCAACACUGAUGAUGGAGCUACCAACAACUAUCUAUCAGUUGGGCUAACGCAGCUCCCGUCUCUUUACUUCAUUUUCUCCCUCAUUUAUUUGUGCUUUUUAGGGUUUUGGAUCUUUCUGUGCUUUAAUAAUCAACGAUGUGUUCAUCGGGUUCAUUUGUUAAUGGGUGCGUUGCUUGUUACAAAGGCGCUUAGCUUGUUCUGUGCCACCGCGGAGAAACAUUAUGUCAAGGUUACAGGUACUCCUCAUGGAUGGAAUGUUUUGUUUUACAUACCUCAGUUCAUCAAUAGUGUACUUUUGUUUACUGUGAUCGUCUUGAUCGGUGCUGGAUGGCCGUAUCUGAAACCGGUCUUACUGGUAAAGGAAAAAUUGGUUUUGAUGAUUGUGAUCACACUUCGGGUUGUGGCUAAUGUAGCGUCCAUAGUGAUAGACGAAACUGGCCCUUUUUACAAAGACUGGAUGACAUGGAAUCAAGUGUUUUUGUUUGCGGACACCAUCUGUUGUUGUGCUAUCAUUAUCCUGAUUGGGUGGUCGUUUAGGUCAUUUUCAAGAACUGAUGGGAAUGCUGCUAGGAAUUUGAAACCACUAAGCCUUUUUUAUCGCUUGGUUGUAAAUUAUGUGUCCUUCACAAGGAUUGGUGUUUUUGUACUUAAAACGGCUGUAGCUUAUGAGCAGCAGUGGGUGUGUGCUGCAGCAGAUGAAGUAGUCAGCCUUGUGUUCUGUUUGGUGAUGUUUCACAUGUUCAGGCCGGUUGAGGGAAAUGACUACUUUGUUGUGGAUGAUGAAGGGGAACAUGAAGAAGCAGUCGAGAUGGUUAAGGGAUGAAGUUUGAAAUUGCAUGCUGAUAUAUCAAGAUCCUAACAUGUGUUCUAUUUUUAAUUCUAAUUUUGGUUUUUUUUUUUUUUUUUUCAUUCUCUCUAUGUGUUACGAAGAUUAAAGAUCAAAUAUAAUAGACAUUUCUAAAAAUAUACAAAGCAGUUAUUAGCACUUUGAUAUCCAAAUAUUGUUUGAAAUUCGCUCGUUAUGGCGGGAA